GCUCACCAGGGAAUAUCAAGGGUGUUAAGGAAAUGGUUACCGAGUUGACAAAGUGUGUCUACUAUGAGGAAUAAAAGGAAAGUGAUAAACACAUGGUGUCAAGAAGACGACUAUAAAAGAGAAACUGAAGACUGGGAUGCUGCUUGAAUCAGGCAAGGCUAUUUGGAUUAGGGAAUUUGACAUUUGUGUUAUAGGUAAUCAUUUUGUUCUCUGUCCACAGAAGCAAGGGAAAUGGAAGACAGUGAUAUGUUACCUCAGAUCAUCCAUGGCAUACUGUCAACAUCUCAUUCUCUGUUUACAAGAAGUAUCCAAGAGCUUGAUGAAGAUGCCACCACACCUUACGACUAUGAUAAUGGUGAACCUUGUCAUAAAUACAAUGUGAAGCAAAUUGGCGCCUGGAUCCUGCCCCCACUCUACUCUCUGGUAUUCAUCUUUGGUUUUGUGGGUAACAUGUUGGUCAUUCUCAUCCUGAUAAGUUGCAAAAAGCUGAAGAGCAUGACUGACAUCUACUUGUUCAACCUGGCCAUCUCUGACCUGCUCUUCCUGCUUACUCUCCCAGUCUGGGCUCACUAUGCUGCAAAUGAGUGGGUCUUUGGAGAUAUAAUGUGUAAGUUAUUCACAGGGCUCUAUCACAUUGGCUAUUUUGGUGGAAUCUUCUUCAUUAUCCUCCUGACGAUUGAUAGGUACUUGGCUAUUGUCCAUGCUGUGUUUGCUCUAAAAGCCAGGACAGUCACCUUUGGGGUGAUGACAAGUGGAGUCACUUGGGUGGUGGCAGUGUUUGCCUCUCUCCCAGGAAUUAUAUUUACUAAAUUCAAAGAAGAAUAUUAUCAUCACACCUGUGGUCCUUAUUUUCCAUUAAUAUGGAAGAAUUUCCAUGCAAUAAUGAGGAAUAUCUUGAGCCUUGUUUUGCCCCUGCUUGUCAUGAUCAUCUGCUACUCAGGAAUCCUCCACACCCUGUUUCGCUGUAGGAAUGAGAAGAAGAGGCACAGGGCUGUGAGGCUUAUCUUUGCCAUCAUGAUUGUCUACUUUAUCUUCUGGACUCCCUACAACAUUGUUCUCUUCCUGAACACCUUCCAGGAAUUCUUAGGACUGAGUAACUGUGUGGUUGCCAAUCACUUAGACCAGGCCAUGCAGGUGACAGAGACUCUUGGAAUGACACACUGCUGCAUCAACCCCGUCAUUUAUGCCUUUGUUGGGGAGAAGUUCCGAAGGUAUCUCUCUAUAUUCUUCAGAAAGCACAUCGCUAAACGUCUCUGCAAACAGUGCCCAGUUUUCUACAGAGAGACAGCGGAUCGAGUGAGCUCAACAUUCACCCCUUCCACUGGGGAGCAAGAAGUUUCAGUUGGGUUGUAAAGCAAGUGGCAGUUUGUAUUUUUUGGCAGGUACCAGGAGCAGUUUGUAUAUGGUAACAAGCUUCAAAGACAAUGAAUCUCACCUUUGGGUCUCGACCCCUUGGGGACUGAAUGACACUUUCACAGGGAUUGUCUAAGACCAUCAGAAAACACAGAUAUUUACAUUACAAUUCGUAACAGUAGCAAAAUUACAGUUAUGAAGUAGCAACAAAAAUAUUUUUAUAGUUGGGAGUCACCAUAACAUGAGGGACUGUGUUAAAGGGUCAUAGCAUUAGGAAUGUUGAGAACCACUACUCAAAGAUAUAUUGAAGAAUAGAGACCUUUAAAUCAUGUAUCCAGGAACCUUAGGAUUAUGCCAAGACAGAACUACAUCACUUCUUGUAUAUAUAACACAUGUUCGGGCAACAUUCUAGAAUAAAUGUUGAUAGAAUCUUCAGCUUUGCAGUGAACUCAUCUCUGUCUCUAGGAAGAGCCUCAUUGCCUUGUGUUAAUACUAUUUUGCCAAUCUUCACUAUGUUUCCCCUUAUUUCUAACAAGAUAGGCAUGGAAUGAACAGGAAGGAGGUUGUAAGGGCAUCAGAACUGAGUGAGAAGGAAGAAGAGAUAAACAUUGUUGAUCCUGGAUGAAGAUAAGAUGAGCAGGGGUCUUUUUCACUUGGAAAGAAAUGUCCUGGUCUUUAGCUCCAUCUCCCAUCUGUAUUUAAUUAUGAAGGCUUGCUUUAUCAGGUUGUGGAAAAUCUGGGAACUGUAAUAACUAGUUGGGAACUUUAUUUGAGCCCCAUGAUCCUUUUAUACAUAACUGCAUAGCACAUUUUUGCUUUGUUAUUUUUAUAUAUGACAAAAUGGAAAAUCUUCAAUAUCACACUCCAUUGCUUACAUGUUUUUCAAGCCACAUCUCCUCACAUGGUAUUUAUAAAAUUAUUGUUUAUAAAAUAUGCAUCAUUAGUGGUUAGCCUAAAAAUAAUAAAGGCUCUUUUUUGAUCUUUCCAGAAAGAGCAAAGACUUGAGGUAGUGAGUGACCAAGAAUGGGAAGAAAAGCCAAUCCCUCCAUCAGGCAUAGAGAGCUGAAGCAAAAAGACAGGGGAUAUGUGGAACAAUACCACAAUAGCAGGGAUGUGUGUUUGGAACCACAUAGAAUCAGAGGCAAAAUGGAUGCCUCAGCACUGAGGAAAGGGUGCUAUCUGGGUGUGAAUUGGUUUUAUUUCAUUGCUGCUAUUUCCUGCUGCUCCACUACUUUUGCACCUGCCUCUUUCCCGUUGGUCUUUAUUUCUUAACUGCCAUACUUCAAACAUCAGUGGGCCUGAGGGAAGUAUGUAUGAAACAGCCAAAUAUGAAACCCUAGAUAGUCCCAGAAGAGAAAAUGCACUGGGUAUGUUUUUGUGGGCAAAGAAAGGGAUGGAUGCGGCAGGGACAGAAGCUCUUGCUUUGGAAAUUAUACUCCUAACCUAAGAACAUAUCUUAAUUACCAGGCAGGGUAAGCCUGGAUAAAAAAGAUUGCCGAUGGAGUGGGAGGAAGUGUGUCACAGACUAUCUUUCAGUGCCUUAUUUUUGGAUACAAACAUAAUUCAAAGAUUUCAAAAAAUCAAAAGUAGAAAAAAUAAAAAUCAAGACUGGAAACUUUAACUUUUAAAUGUGAUGAAAUACCUCUAUAAGAGGUUUUACCUUGCCAAACUUGAAUGUGUUACAUUAGUUAUAGAGAAAAUUCUGGCUUUAAGCAUCUGAACUGACAUAGACAACUCUGGAUUGACAGGGCCUUAGAUUUGUGAUCUGUGGACUUACCCAACUAUGGUGAUACAGAGUCUAAGCCAUCUUGAGCCCAGCACAUGCUACACAGAUGUCAUGUCAGCAGUGUACUUGUUCUCUCAGCCUUGUUUUCCCCAAACUCCUUUUUAUCAUUCUUCCUAGAUGUGCCACUGGUGAUAGAUUGUCCUUUGGGUGAGUGGGGAUCCUUAAAUCAAGCCAGCUUCUAACCAAAGCUUUAACAAUUUAAUUUACAAAGAAGAGGACUUAGACAAAUUCCUUCUCAUAAGAAAAAUAUCUCUCCUGAAUUGAACCAAGAAUGUUCUUCCCUAUCCCAUAGUAUGUUUCUCAUCUGACGAAGCAACAAACAAAGGAACAGACAGCCUGGGAACUGGAAGUCUUUGUGGUUUGGCUUUGCUACCACAUGAUGAGAAAAAGUUUCUGGAAGAAGUGAGGGAUAAGAGUAUCACCUUCAGAUAUCCUAAUAGUUUUAUUUUAAUGAUGAUGAGAUGUAAAUAUUUUUUAAAAACCUAUGAUUUGAGAAAUAAAUCAGUGCUCUAUCUAUAUUGCUAGAAAUAUUAAAAAGAAACAAGCAUAUGUUUUGUUAUACCAAUGUGGUUGAUUAUUUUGUUCACAACUACACACAUCUUCCCCUGUACUACUUCGCAAUUCCACAUACCUGGUACCUGCUGGAGAGGUGUGACUUACAGCCUGCCUUCCAGGCUAUACACCCUUCUGCAGUUAUUCUGCUAAAAGACAAACACAGAGAACUCUGCCUUUUCCAAUUAUAGCUUCAGCAUGGCUGGCGUGAGCCUCUUUUCAGCAAACUAAAGCCAUGCAUCUUGGUGAGUGAGAAAAUAAGAGAAAUGAAGCUAGGACCACAGCAUGAAGAAGAGGAGCAAAAAUCCAUGUCCACUAUGAUAAGCCAAGGGGAUUAUUUGUUAAGACAAUGCUAACUAAUACAGAUGGGAGAUAAUGUUUAUAAAAAAAUGUUUUUCUACUGUGGGAUGCAGUGUGAAAAACAGCCUGAGUGUCUACAGAUUGGAUGGGCAAGGUAAAAAUGGAUGUCACUGUCAUGGCCUUCAUGUCCUUUAGACCUUGCAGUCCAGGGCCCUGGAGAGUGGUAUGGGUGCAGAGGGCUCAGAUAGGAUCACAUGAACAAAGGGGAAGAAGAAUAUGUAAGACUUUUUUGAGAAUCCAGAGGGUGGGGGACUAACUCAAUGAUGGUCAUGCAGCACAGUAUGAACAUCUACAGUAGGAUUUUGUUGCCACAGAAGAAAUUGCCUUGUAGGAAUUGUCUGUUAUGUGUUUCCAUAAGUGAGCUCUAAAUUCAUCUGGGGAGAACCUUUGAGUGGACAGUUGGAGGAAAGUAGGAAUGAGGGGAAGAAAGGCCACCAUACCAAGGGAUGGGUGUUUGGACAGUUUUGGUGGAAUAGUGGGCUUGACACUGUUCCUAAAUGGCCUUUGGUCUGUGCUGUCAAAACAGCUGGGGAGGCUGAGUAUGUGCAGAGGACCCUGCAGCUGCCUGAAAGGACUCCAGUAAAACCUAUCCAUCUGCUUUUACUCAUUGUUUAGACUUCUCUGACCAAUGAAAUUACAUCAAAUGAGAAUAUCCAGCAAAGUUGACUACCCAGGUAUCUCUACAGAAACACAUCAUGAGAGAAAAGGAGUCUGGGCUGAGUGCUCCUGCAAGGCAUCUCAGGAAUGGGGUGGGAAAAGAACAGGCAUAGGUUUAGGGAGUGACCAAUAGAGGCUAGAAUUUGUUAAAAUAUGGAUACUUAGGCAUUUUGUCUUAGUCACUGUUCUAUUGCUGUAAAGACACACUAUGACCAUGGCAACUCUUAUAAAGGAAAGCAUUUAAUUGGGGUUUGCUUACAGUUUCAGAGGUUUAGUCCAUUGUCAUCAGGGUGGGGAACAUGGUGACAUACAGGAAUAGUGCUGAAGAAGUUGCUGAGAGUUCUACAUCCAGAUCCACAGGCAGCAGGAAGAACAAGACACUGGACCUGACUUGGGCCAUUGAAACCUCAAAGCCCACCCCUAGUGACACACUUCCUCCAACAAGGCCACAGCUACUCCAAUAAUGUCAUACCUCCUAAUCCUUUCAAAUAGUGCCAUACCCCGGUGACCAAGCAUUCAAAUAUAUGAGUCUAUAGGAAGCCAUUCUUAUUCAAACCACCACACAUAUUAUCUGUAACUUUGAGAAGCUUCUGGUAUGGUGUGAUAUGUGGUGAAUGUGUAUGGGAGGCAGGGGAGAGGGUAUAUAAAUCAAGACUUAUAUCCCUGCUGGCCCCAGCAUAAAGCUUGUGCCAUAUCAGCUCAGCAAUUCAUAAGCAAAGGUCAGGGAACUGAAUAAAGUUUUGGUUCAUUGACUAUUAAACCUCCUAAUGCAAUCUAUUUGCAAUAUGAAAUUAUUUUCUUUCUCCUGAAUAAAGUUCAAUUGGUUCUUAGAGUCAAUUGGAUUCGGAAAGGCUGUGCCUAAAGUAGGUAUGAGUUCUGCCUUUUCUGUCCCAACUCCACCCCUACCCUCAGCCCUGGUUUGUGGUCUGCCUCAAGAUGACCUCUAGUGCCUCUCCUUUCCAGGCAUAGCUAGCCAUGAGGAAAGUGGAUAUGACCAGGAGAAGGGCACAUAUUUCUUUACAUAGCUGGUCCCUGCCACAGGCCCCUCUGUGUUGACAAAAAUGCCAAGAAAGAUGAACACUGAUGUGUUUUUCCUUCAGAGGACCCAGAGCUAGUAAGGAUACCCAUGACCACCUAUUAGAUAUUAGAUAAGUAAAAUCUCCUUCAACUGGGCUUUUUCCAAUCCACCAUUUCUUGGGUGAUGAUGUUACCUGUCUCUGAUAGUGGGCUCCACAAUACAACUGUAGCCUGGCUGCCUCUUUUGGUAGCCAUGCAACCUAGUGAACAUGAAGUACAUAUCUUUGUUUCCUCCUGCCUCUAGCCCCCAACUUCAAUUCCACCCCUUAGUCCCCUGUUCAGCUAACUGGCUGCACUGUGAAGGCCCAUGGUGUAAGGAGUUCUGCCCUUCCUUUUUGUAAGCCCCCAUUUCAAAUGUGAUUCUCUCAGAGCCCCACUUAGCUCUGAGAGGAAGAGCCUCAUCAAUCUUGUCCUCCUACUAAUUGGCUGCUUAUAUAGACAUUAGGAAGAGUUGAUGAGACAGCACAGGGAUGGUUCUGUCACUUCUUAGUAAGCCCAGGAAAGGUGUCUAACCCCAAGUGUCAGUGGUUUCCUCUAUAAUGAAGAAGCACUUAACACUUCUUGACCUCAGCCUUAGGUUAUGGUUGCCAGUUUCACAGUGAUCAGAAUAGUCUUACAUAAUAUCCUGUUAUGCAUGGAGCUGCAGGUAUGAUCUGACCCACUGAAGAUGACAGUUAAGUGUUGUAAGCUUUAACUGGUGCUUAGAUUCUGUUACCAUCCCCAUCCUUACAUCCAUGCCUUUGAACUGUUCUAAAAUAAAGAUUCCAAACACAUUGGGCAGAAUUCCAAACUGAGCUAAGUGGUUUAUGCCAUGUCCCAGACAUAUCUAAUCAAAGUAAACAGCAGACAGUCUCUGAAUAUUACAUGAUUUGAUAUUUUUCAUGGAGCAUGUAAAUGGUGUAUAGGCUGGAGAGAGGGUUUUGGUUUUCAUUAUGAAUGUCUAGAGGACAAAGACAAAAAUGGGAAAAUAGCACAGUACCUCCCAAUUCCAGUUUUCAUGACAAGAGUAUGUAGCAUGAAUCUUAAAAGUUCUUAUUAACAAAACCAAACCCAAGGCCAGGUAUUGGGGUGAAUGCUGGAAGAUCAGAGAAGCAGAACAAGCCACAGCUACCUCACUUUGCCAAUUCCUUAGCUGAUCCUGUAUCCUCAGACUGGAUGCCUCUCUGCUGAAAUGUGCUGCUCAAAAGCCUAAAAGCUUAACCAGGCCCUAGUUCCUGGUCCUCACACCUUAUAUACCUUUAUGCUUCCUGCCAUCACUUCCUGGGAUUAAAGGUAUGAGUCACCAUGCUUGGCUGUAUACUUGAACAUACAGAGAUCCAGGCAGAUCUCCACCUCUGGAAUGCUAGGACUAAAGGCGUGUGCUACCACUGCCUAACCUCUAUGUUCGAUAUUGUGACUGUUCUGUUCUCUGACCCCAGAUAAGUUUAUUAGAGUGCACAAUAUUUUGGGGUACACAAUACCACCACAUGAGUAUGAGACAGAAAGUAAAGAGUCUGGGAGUCAGUGAACCCAAGUAUCAUUGCUGAAGCACACAGGUAACAAUGUGUGACAUUGAGAGGUGAUGAGUAGAAUUUUCUUAUUUUUGUAAGGACUGGAAGGAGUCUCUGGCUACCCUGAUAAAGGUAGCCUUGUGGGCACUAGGGACUUCCUCCUUGACAGGACAAAAGAACAUUGACAAUGACAAUUAGUAUAACAUUGUUCCUGUUAGUAAAUUACAGAAGAGAUCUUAUUUGAUCUGUAAAACACAUGUAAUGUUGUGAUGUAGAGCAAAAGAUACCAGGCAGGAGGAAGGCAGCAUCUGGGAUUUCCUUUUUAUGAAGUUAAAAACCAUCUGAUCUAUAUAAGGUCAGAAUGACACUUACCCCUGGGCAAGACAGAGGGCACCUUGCUGGUCCAUAGGGAAGAUAUAUUCCUUAUCACCAAAUCUUGAUGGAGUUUUAUAACUAUGUAAAUCAAAACUAUCAAAAUUAUACAAUUAAUAUAUAAGACUUCCAUUAAAACUACAAUUAAAGAAAUAUAUUCACAAUAAAAAUGUUUUUGAGACAAGGUCCCACUAUUUAGCCCUAGCUGGCCUGGAACUCACUAUGUAGACCAGGCUAACCUCAUACUCAAAGAAAUCUACCUGUCUCUGCCUCUCAAGUGCUAUGAUUAAAGGUGUAUCCCCACUAUACCUGGACCAUAAAAAAAAUUAACAGCACAAGGAAAUGACUGUGCCACAAUACUGAGGAAAAAAAUUAUCAAAAAACCUAGAAGCUAGAGUGGUGUAUGUGUGAGAACAGUUUGAAAGGGUUCAUGGGAAAGGUUUAGGAUUGAAAUGUAUUAAAAGGGGGGCUAGAUUUUGAAUUAUGAGAAUAUGGCUACUUUUAUUUUUGUUUUCCUCCACUUCUUCUUAUAAUUAGACAUUUGUCUGAAUGUGGUAUAUGCAUGUGUAUGUGGGUUCAGGCACCUGUGUAUGAACAUGUGGAGGCCAGAGCUCAAUUUCAGGUGUCCUCAAUCACCCUUCACCUUAAUUCUUGAGACAAGAUCUUUUACUGAACCAGAAGUUCACUAAUUGGUUCGACUGGCUGGCUAGUGAUCCCCUGGGAUCCUCCUGUCUCUGUCCCUCAGGACUAGGAUUAAAGGCAGCACUGCUACAUUUGGCUUUAAAAAAAAAAAAUCUGAGUACUGAGGAUCCAAACUCAAGUCCUCAUGCUUUCAGAGCAAUCACUUUAUCCACUGAACUGUCUCCCCAGCACUAGACACUUGUUUUUUCAAAAGAUUCAUUUACUGUUUCACAGCCCAUCUUACACUGACAAGGAUUUGAGAUGAAGUUGCUGUGUUCUUGUGUUCAUGUAGGUGGCCCCUUGAACUCAAAGGGAAAGAUCAGCAUCUCCCUAUUUGCUGAGGAUGCUCUGAAUAUGGGUUCAGGGAUAUUGUGGGCAAUGAGAGCAAAGCAAGGAGAGGGAAACUGUUAUAAUGGCUAGUGAUGGAGAAGUUACUGGUAUCCCAGAAGAAGACUGGCUUGAGAUACUCCACAUGGCCAUUGAAUCUAGAGGGACAAACUAAUCAUAAGAUCAUUUCAUAUUGGAGUCUAAGUACAACAUAUAUGAGAACAAAGUAAUGCAAACUGAGAUGGACAAAGCAGUAAGUGAAGCAGAGACCAAAAUCCAAGUUGUAGCACAGUGUACUAUUGUUGUAAUGCCCAGAACAAAGUUUAUUUAUGAGUAAAGACUCCUCCAUGGGUCCAUAGGUCCUCAUUUCCUUGUGCAUCUUGAGACAAACUUCUACCCAGGAGCUGACUGGAACACAUCUCUGGACCAGGUACUCAAUAGAGAGAGGGUAAUACCUUGCUCAGCUGGGCUUCUUGUUGCAAACUGUGAUCUUGGCCCUGGCUCUGUUCUAAGGCACACUGCAUGAUCUCUGGUAGCAUUAAUUCUUUCAUGCAUCUUCUAGCACAUCACUAACAGGAGAGACAAUGGAAUUUCAGAGAUGAAGUAGCAUGCCAAGUCUACACUGGAGGCCCUGUCUGAGUAACUUCUGAGCCUGUAGAGCUUCUCCACACUGCCCUCUGGGGGUGAGCUAUAGCUCUCACAUCUUCCACUACCCUAUGAAACUAUCUCAGCCCAAGCUAAGCCCUAGAUCUACAUGGAAACAAUAAGACUCAGUAGUAUUCACAAAUGAAAUUAUAAAAUUUGUCUAGCAGCACUGGAGAGGUCUACCUCAGAGAAUGAUAAAGAAAUGAAGAUUUUUAAAUUGUCUUUUUUUUAAAAAGACCACUGAGUGAGUAACUAAGAGAUUGCUGUUUAUUGUGUGUGUAGUUUGUCUAUAUACUUGCUGUAGUGCCUCUUAUUGCUACCACUCAGAAAAUUAGUCCCCAGGAGACAAUAAUUGAAAAAAAUAAAGCAGGUUUUAUGGAGGAUGCCAGUCACCUGGAAGGAAGAAAACUGAUGUCUCAAUUCCCCCCCUUCCAAGUUGUUUGGGGAAGUGGGAAUAUUUAUGUGAGGACAAGAUUAAAGGUUCUGUGUAGACUCAACAUUCCCAGGAACCUGAGUUAGACAAUCCUGUGCUAGCCAGAGAUGUUAAUCACCUGGUGAUGGUCUAUUCUUACCUUGAAGACAAGGUGCUCUGGAGUGUGGAGAGAAGGCCAUAUUUUGGGAAUGAGGAAUAAGAAUAAAGAAAAAUGAAGUUACUGAAGGCAACAGCCUGUUAUAACAAACCAUGAAGUGACUACUGUUAUUCAGCCUAACACACACAUGAGGCAGCUGAUGUGAGUCAAGUGUGGCAGUCUGGAUGCAGAAGCCUUGCUUGGGUCCAUGUGCUAGGUUGCCUCAUGAAGAUUUAGGGACAAGUAAUUUUGCUGUUUUAAGUUCCCUUGCCUUCCUAUAGGUCGUAAGUCAAAGCUGCUGCUUCCACAGCUCAGCUGUGGAAGCCCAGAGGGGCUCUUGUGUGUCAUUGGCAGCUCUUUGCUGUCGUUCCUUGAUGUCUUUAAAAAGUCCACCCACCAUCCAGCAGACCUGAUAUGGCCACAUAUAGCAUUAUCAUAUUAUCCUGAAUUUUAUCAUGCCCUUCUGUUCAUUGUUGCAUGAAAAAUCCCCUAUGGCUCCAGAUAAAUUAUGUUCUUGAAGUGAGGCACUCCGUUGUAGCAUGAGUCUUAAAAGUUCUUAUUAAUAAAAUCAAACCUGAGGCCAGUUAUUGGGGUCAGUGCUGGUAGAUCAGAGAGACAGAACAAGCCACAGCUAUCUCACCUAGCCAAUUCCUCAGCUGGUCCUGUUUCCUCAGACUGGAAGCUUCUGUGUCCUCAUUCCAAUGGCUCUCAGCUGAACUGCUGCUAGAAGCCUGAAUGCUUAACCAGCCAAAAUGCUUCUAGUUCCUGGUCCUCAUGCCUUAUAUAUCUUUCUGCCUUCUACCACCACUCCCUAGGAUUAAAGGCUCACUCCCUGGGAUUAAAGGCGUGAAUCACCAUGCCUGGCUCUUUCCAAUGUGGCCUUGAACUCACAGAGAUCCCCGAUGGAUUUCUGCCUCUGGAAUGCUAGGAUUAAAGGUGUGUGCUACCACUGCUUAACUUCUAUGCUUAAUAUUGUGGCUGCUCUGUCUCUGACCCCAGAUAAGUUUAUUAGCAUUCACAAUAUUUGGGGGAAUACAAUACCACACUCUGUUACCUUCAAAUUUGGCAUAGAGUAGGUACUCAUAAAUGUCUACUUAAAAUGCAUAAUUAUGUGUCUCAGCAGCUGCUAGAUUUAGGGGAGAACCAAGAAAUAUGUUUAGUUCCCAGGAAAAUAUGUGGUAAACCCUUUGAUACUCUUUUGCCAGUUGCUUUAAUUUGCACAGAAGAGUCAUACCGAGCAGUAGGACAGAAGGGGAGGAUGGGUAAAAGAAGGAACAAGGUUCUGUUCUGUAAUGAACCUCCUAUCUGAUGUUAAAUUGGCUGGAUUUUACUUUAACCAAGAACAACUAUGAGGAGAACAAACUAUGUUCUUGCCCUUUUGGCUUUACCAGUGAGAAGCUGAGGUAUUGUGUACAUUAUUUGUCACUUGAACAGUGACUCCCUUGAUUCAAACGUGGGCUUUGAGUAAUGGAUACAAGUGUUCUUUUAGCUUUAAUACUCUUUACUUCUUUCUAAUUUCUAAUGGACUGUGGAGUUGGAUGAGCAGAGAACAUAAGUAAAAUAAUGUGAGGAGGGAAGCUCCUCAAUAAAAUUUCAGACCAGAGCUACCUUCUAUUUUCUGCUUUAAAUGUAAUUAAAAAAAAAAAAAAAGAAGAACUGAUCCAACACUCCCACACAUAAACUGAAACACUACGUAAUACCCUUUCUCAUAAGACUCCACCCCCUUUGAAAGAAAUUGUGUUUCUUACUUUAUACUGUCUAUAUGUUUGAUUUGUACAACACUCACAGCCAGAGGAGCUGAGACAUCCGUUUCCCCUACAAGAAACUCUGGUA